AUGAAGUACCUCCUGUUCCUGUGUUUACUCCUUGCUCUUCUUUGUGCCGUAACCCGUUGCCACCAUGUAGACUUCUGUCAUAAAGUCAAUAACACGAAUCUCCAUGAUGGAAUAGAAAAUUUAUUAACACAUAACUGUGACAAGCAAGGCUCUAAUUAUGCAGAUUUUGUAUUUAGAUUUUACAAGCAGGCUAUAUCCAAAGAAGCUGAUAAAAAUGUUUUCUUUUCUCCCAUGAGCAUCUCCGCUGCCUUUGCCAUGCUGGCUGUUGGUGCUAAGUCAACCACCUUAUCUGAGAUUUUUGAAGGACUGGGCUUUGACAGUCUGUCUGAGGCUCGUAUACGUGAUAUCCAUGAAAGUUUUCAUGAUGUUUUAGCAGUACUGACCUGUACAGAUGUUAACACCACAUUCAAUAUAGGGAAUGCCCUUUUUACAGCUAUUGGGUAUGAACCACAGGAGAUGUUUUUACAUAAUACCAAAGAAUUUUAUGAAGCAGAUUUUUUUGUUAGUGAUUUCCAUAAAACAGAAACUAUAAAGCAAAUCAAUAAAUAUGUAGAGGAGAAAACCAAAGGAAAAAUUCCAGAAUUAAUUAGUGGUCUUGAUCCAAGUACUGUACUGGUUCUUGUUAACUACAUUUAUUUUAAAGCUGCCUGGAAAAAUUCUUUCAAUCCUUUGCGUACAUAUGAAGAUGAUUUUUUUGUGAAUGCAAAUGCAUCUGUUAGAGUAAAAAUGAUGCAACGUGACAGCAACUAUGACAGCUACUAUGACCAGGAUCUGUCUUGCGAGGUGGUAGAGCUGCCUUACCAGGGCACUGCACGAGCAUUGCUCAUUCUGCCAGAUGAUGGAAAGAUGAAGCAAGUGGAAAAUGCUCUCUCCAAGGAAACUGUUUGUAAAUGGGAUAACAAUCUUGAGACCAGGAGAUUAAAUCUGCAUCUACCAAAGAUUUCUCUUAGUGGGUCUUAUGAUGUUAGAAACCUGUUCAAGGAGAUGGGCAUUACUGAAGUAUUCUCUAGAAAUGCUGAUCUGUCUGGAAUUAGUGGCAACCGUGAUCUUCAGGUUUCAGAAGCAAUUCACAAGGCCGUGCUGGAAGUUGAUGAGUCCGGAACUGAGGCUGCAGGAGCCACAGCCAUUCUUCUUAACAGAAUUCAUAGUCCUUUGAUUACCAUAAAAUUCAACAGGCCCUUCCUUAUCUUGAUCUCUGAAAAAAAAACAGGCACCACACUUUUCAUGGGGAAAGUUGUUGAUCCUACUAAGGAGUAA